AUGUCUAUUCCGUCGGUCGAAGAAAAUAAGGUCUUUGGUAGUGCUUUCCUCAAAUCAACUCUAAAAAAGCUCAUGGGGCUAAAACUAGAGCCGGCAGAAAUAAUAGUAGAGUUGGUAAAAGAAAUUUCAGGCGAAGUUCAGGGUCUUGAAACGGAAACCGAAAAGGGUUUCUUUGUAAAAUCAAAUGAAAAAAUAUUGCAAGAAUAUUUUAUUAAUGAAUGCAAACCAUUACAAACAUCUGAGAAAUCAAAACUCGUAAUUGAAGACGUACAUUCUAUUCCACUACUGACUACUCGAAAACCGAACUUUGUAUUCAUCGCAAAAGGGUGUCCUCUAGAUGCAUUGCAUGUCGUAGCCGUUGGAGAAAUAAAGAAACCUAACAAUCAAUUCAGUAAUGCAGAUAUAGGACAGGCAGUAUCAUUUGGAGAAAAGUAUGAAUACGUAUCACCCGAAAAAAUACAUUAUGAAGCCAAGGGUACAACUCAAGUUGUUCGACCCAUCAAUACAGACAGAACUAGCAUUGUGUAUGAAGGGAAGCUUACUAACAUGGAUUCUGUGGUUUCCUCUUGGUACGAAAGUAAAAAUUUACAAAAGGAGGAUAUCGGAAAUAUCAUUGAAACUCUAAGAACGGCACAUUCAAGAAAUAUCGUACAUAUGGAUCUUCGGAGAUAUAACUUUAUUCGUGAUGAUGAUGAAAAAAUUUUGAUUAUCGAUUGGGGAUAUAGCGUAUCAAAAAAUGAAAGUGGGAAAUUUGCUGGAACACUUGAAUGCGUGCCCUUAAAAUCAUUGAUCAACUGUGAACAAAUUACAUAUUCACCAAAUAUUGACUUGAUAUGUUUGGUAAGGUCGUUUUACUUAUUGCUUCACAGUCCAGUGAAUGCAGUAAUGGAAAGGAUUAUCUUUGAUGGGAAAACUGACUUCGAGUCACAGGCAAAAAUGUAUUGA